AUGUCCUCAAUUAGGGUAAAUAUUGAAAUCGGACAUGAAGCAUCGAUGAGAUCAAAGAAAACCCCAGAAGGAUUCACUCAUGACUGGGAAGUCUUCGUACGCGGUCAAGAGGGUACUGAUAUAAGUCAUUUCGUUGAAAAAGUCGUUUUUAAAUUACACGAAACCUUCCAAAAACCGAGGCGAGUUGUUAAAGAACCACCUUUUUCCAUAAAGGAAUCAGGUUAUGCCGGUUUUGUUUUACCGAUUGAAAUAUAUUUAAAAAAUAAAGAUGAACCCAAAAAGAUAGUUUUUGUAUAUGAUCUGACUCUAGAGCAUGGGGGGUCUUUAAAAGACAGAUAUAUUUUUGAAAAUCCUAAUGAAGAAUUUAGGAGGAGACUACUAAAAGGUGGUGGAAUUGUUUGGGACAAAAAUGCGUUUUAUGCAAACCCUGACCAAGAAAGCAGAAGCAGAGAUUCUUUUACUGAUGAAAAGCCUCAUCUUGUUAGUAAACCAAAACUGUCUUCAGAUAAUGUGAAAAAACAUAAAACAAAAGAAUACAAAGAGGAACAACCACAAAAAGUUAAUAACAGUUUUGAAAAUUUAUUUGGACCUCCCAUUCAAAAGCCCCCUAAAGUGUCUCCUGAUCCAAAGAAGUUUGAAAAGAGUGCUAAGUCAGACAAAAAAGACAAAGAAAGAUCAAGUUCAGAUAAGAAAACAAAGCAUGAACACAAAGAAAGUAAAUCUGAUAAGAUUAGUGCAAAAGAAGAAAAAGAAAAACAGAAAGUGGAAAAAUCAAAAAAUCACAAUAAGGAAUCAGAACGAACCAAAGAAAAGGCAAGUAAAAGGCAAAUUGAAAGACCUCCUUCUCCUGAACCAGCAAAGAAAAAAUGUAUAAGUCCAAGCAGAAAACCUCCAAGUCCUUCACCAAGAUCUAGUAGUGCAUCUAGUAUUAAAGAAGACUAUAAAGCUUCAAAACAUAAUGUGGAUAACUUUGACCAAAAGAAAUCUAAAACAGAAGAAAGAAUACCUGAGAUCAAAGUAGAGAAAGAUUCAAAGGAGAAAAAGAAAAAAGAGAAAAAGAGUCAUGACAGAGAUAAAGAAAGAAGAGAAAAGAAAGAACAUAAAAAAGAGAGCCACAAAUCUAAAGAUUCUCCUAAAGAACCAUUAAAAGAAUUACCUAAAGAGGUAGCAAAAUCUCGAGACAUCAUAAAAGAAAGGGAAGUAGUCAAGAAUUCGCCAGUAAAAGAGAAACCGACAAAACCAGAGAAAAUUAAGGAAAACCUAAGAAAAUCGCCUCCUCCAGAAAACAUUGAACGUCAUGAAAAUCACAAAGUAAAAGAUAAAGGUGACUCCGAAAGAAAACACAAGCAUAAGAAAAAAGAUAAAAAAAGAGAUGAAUCAAAAGAAAAGCACAAAGAAUCUAGUAAAGAUAGAAAACAUAAGCACGAAAAAAUGCGUGAAAUGUCUCUGGAAAAGCCAGAAGUUAUAGAACAUAGAGAAACUCCAGUUAAAAAAGAACAUCCCAUUCCUGAACCGGCAUCACCUAUCUCUAUUGAUACAGCAUCCCAGUGCAGCUCAAAGAGUGGACUAACAAAAGCAAUACACAUAGGGGCUGAAGAUAUAAAUAGUUGUCAUUCUGACUCAGAGGUUUCAAUGAUUGCAGAAGAAGAAGAUGUUAAAAUUAAAAUUGAAAACCCUUCUCCUAAACCUAUUAAGCGAGAACCUUCCCCCGAGCCUGAGCCGGAACCCGAGCCUGAACCGGAGCCGGAGCCUGAACCUGACCCGGAGCCUGUAGUGGAGCCGCCGCCGAUCCAACAAAAGGAGAAAUCUAAAAAACACAAAGACAAAUCAAAACGAGAAGAAAAACGCAGAAAGCGGAAGGCUGCCGAGGAAGAGGACGCAGAAAGUAGAAAAAUUGCGAAAGUAGCAGAUUCAGGGCCCUCCAAUGACAAUGAACAUGGGGAGGGCAGUGGAUCGACGUCGAUAGAAACCAAAGUGCAGGAUAAUGGUGUGUCGAGUAGCUUAGGUGAGGAUGCCGAGCCCGGGGACUUGUCGCCCGACUACAUGGUGCAGUUACGAGGCCUUCAGCAACGUAUAAUGACGAUCAAAAACAAUGAAGAUCUCGAAAGAGUAGUGAACCUCAUAGCAGAGACUGGACGGUACGAAGUGACUACUAAAACGUUCGACUUCGAUCUGUGUCUGUUAGAUCGUUCCACAGUGCAGCAGUUAAUACAAUUAGUAGGUUGC